UCCAUUCCGCACAACAAGGCCAACUUGAACGUAGGCUGGCAGUUACCCUAAUACACUCCUCGACGCGCCAAUUUCCCUCCGUUUAUCCCUAUCAACCCUUCCCAGGGUUUAUAUCUCGUUGACAAAAGUCACAAUGUCACGACACGCACAAGUAGAGGAGGUGUACGACUCCGAUCCGGAUGAGGUUGCCCCCUCCGACGCCAUGCCCUCCAACUUCGCCAAUGAAUCCCUCCUCUCCGCUACGGGUAUCCCUACGCAGGCUUCUUCCUCGAUACCCAUGAGACCGCCACCCGAACCUCAGCGCGAAAUCCCGAAACAUUAUCAGUGUCUGUAUCCCGUGUAUUUCGACAAGUCGCGAACCCGUGCAGAGGGCCGCAAGGUCGGCAUUGAACUUGCUGUCGAGAACCCAUUGGCCAGGGAAAUCGUCGAUGCUGCGCAAAUGCUGGGACUGCAAGUUGGGUUCGAGCCUGAGAAAUUACACCCGAAGGAUUGGGCAAACCCGGGUCGAGUGCGGGUGCUGUUGAAGCACGAGGAUGGGAAACUGGUCAACCCGAAGAUUAAAAACAAGCACCACCUCUAUAUCCUUGUGGCCCAGUAUCUCAAAGCCCACCCAACAACCGAGAAAUCGCCGUACCGUUUGAGAAUUAGUGGUCUGCCAAUGCCAGACAAGCUUCCCUCGGCUCCUCCUGCCCCCCGCGGAUGGAAGAUUGGCACAAUCCUUCCGAUACACUCGCCUGCCUACAGUGGCGGCGGAGUCAGCGACAACCCGCUCAAGGAUGCCAUGGCCGAGAUGCAGGGGAUGCAAGGUAUGCCGGGAAUGCCUCAGAUCCCCGGAAUGGCUGGGUUGGCGGGAAUGAUGGGAGAGCCCGCUGGAGGCAGUGGCGAAAAGAAAAAGAAGGACAAGAAGAAGAAGUGAAAGGCAUAGAUUGGCCUCUCGCAAGGAUUUAUUACGAUUUUCUACCUGUCCAUAUUGUGUACACGUUUUUGGCUGCAUUGUACGGGCGUAAGGCGUUUGUUUACACAUAUAGAGGGCUUCAAUGCUCUUGUCUGAUACCAAGCUGAAAUCGAAAGUAGUAUUGUGAGGGCUUUCAGCCGAUCACCGACUUUGUGGUAUGAACGCCGUAAAUAGUCGCAGC